AAUAUCUAAUUCUUUACCUCGUGGCGUUGGUGGAGAAUAGUCGUUUCAGCUGGGAUUUUUUAUUUUAAGCUGUAGGCAAACAUUGUGAUUUUCUAUUAAAUUUGGGCUCUUCGGCAUCUUAAAGUAUAAAUAACAACUAGACGCAUAGCAUUUAUUCAAACAUGAGGCCACAAAAUGGUGACGACGGAUAUGAAGAGCCGGAGGUUCACCGUAAAAUCUUCAUUGGCGGUCUUAAUUACAAAACUACUGACGAGUCUUUAAAAACACAUUUUGAAAAAUGGGGAGAAAUUGUCGAUGUCGUCGUCAUGAAGGAUCCGAAAACUAAACGUUCUCGUGGCUUUGGAUUCAUUACUUAUUCCAAGGCGCACAUGGUUGACGACGCCCAGAACAACAGACCGCAUAAAAUUGAUGGCCGAUUCGUUGAAACCAAACGUGCUGUUGCAAGGCAAGAUAUCAAGAAUCCUGAAGCUGGUGCAACUGUUAAGAAGCUGUUCAUUGGGGGUAUAAAAGAUGAUCAUGAAGAGGAAGAACUAAGACAGUAUUUUUCGAACUAUGGCAACGUACAGAACGUUAGCAUCGUCACAGAUAAAAAUACUGGAAAGAAGAGGGGAUUUGGUUUUGUUGAAUUUGAUGACUACGACCCAGUUGACAAAGUUUGCUUAAAUGGCCCCCACAAAAUAAAUGGAAAACCAUUGGAUGUAAAGAAAGCACUUCCUAAAGAUGGGUCCGAUCAGAGGGGUGGGGGUGGCGGUGGAGGCCGACAGGGUGGUGGCUCUGGCAGAAAUGAUAGCUGGGGCAGUUCAGGAGGAUAUGGCAACAACCAGGGUGGAUGGGGAGGAAAUUCGAACCCAUGGGAAAGCAAUCAGGGGGGUUGGGGAAAUCAAGGAGGUGGUGGAGGUUAUGGAGGAGGGGGUAAUGGAAGAGGGGGUUGGGGAAAUCAAGACUUUGGCAAUUAUAAUCAGCAGAGUUAUAGCGGGGGUCCAACUAGAAAUCAAGCAUAUGGGAAUAAUAGGUCUACUCCAUACAAUAUGAACCAGGGUGGCGGUGGUGGUGGUGGCGGCGGCUAUGGCGGUGGUAACUAUGGAGGUGGUCAGGGCAGAGGAGGUCGAUUCUAAUCGUUAUGUGAGUAUGAGUUUAAAUUAAUUAUCAGACAAUACACACAUUCAUAUACUUAUUAAUUUAAACACAACCCAAUUAGCCUAUAGUUAUAUUUCUCUUGAUUGUCUGUUUUUAGAGCACUACAUAGCAUUAAUUGAGUAUAGGAAAGUUCCAGGCUGUAGAUUCGGCGUUUAGUUGUUAGUUACAAUAAUUAAUGCUAUGCAGGUAGUUCGAUCUGUUAGUGUAUUAUUCCAUGUAACUUACAACAUUUUUUCAAUCUCUAGGUUUCGUGCUAAGUACACUAGUAAAGCAGAGUUAACCGUGCUAGUGUAGGCAGUACGCUCCGGAGCACUAGAUACACUCAUCAUGGUCCACACGCGAGACCAGCUAGAAGCCCUCAGGAUUGUUAGACAUUAGAUGAGCCCUUAGCUCAUAUUUAGAAGAAUUUCAAUAUUUAUGUGAACUGAAUUGUAAGGUCUUCUGUGUAUUUAAUGUAGUAGGUACUGAGGUACUUAUCGUGACAUAAUUUUAAGGAAUUAGCCAUGUAAAAUUAAUUAAUUUUAUUAGGAAAUAAGGUUAAAAUUUCCAUUAUGGUCCAUCGAUUUAUGGGGUGGGGAAGGGGAGGGGAAUGGGGCUACCCCUCUGUAUCAUUAUUGCCUUGUGCAACUCCAUGGAGAUAUCCUUGGUUAAUGCUCUUUGGUUAGAAUAGCAUUAUUUACUGAAAGUGGGGACCUUCUUUCUCCUCAUCUUGUUUGGUUCUGAAUUAUCUCCGGCGCUGCGGGAAGAGCAGCCCUUCCGCCUUUGGGUGCUGAAGCACGGUCAACUCAUGACCAGCUCUGAAGUUUCGGCUGGUUGGUCGCAUUCAGCAUCCAGCCUCAUCUGCUCUACCUCGUAUGGUACCCACACUCUGUCACACUGGGCGAGGGCCGCUCUCACUCCGCGCCUCCGGUUUUUAUAUAUACAUUAGGAGUAGGGCAGACAAGACCAUGUGGAAAGUUGGAUGCUCUGAUUCAGUUUUGGGUAAUUUUUGGAUAUUCAUGUAGUGAGAAUAAAACACGAGAGUUUUUUGUAUUGUUAUAUUUAAUCCAAUUUAUAAAUAGAUUUUAUUGCAUUUAAUAAUUCUUCACAGGCAUCCAAAUGGUUCACCAUUAUCUCAUGCCUUCAUGAAUACUUGUACUACCAUUCUGUGAAAUUGUUUAUUUUGGAGAAUAAAACAAGGAAUUUUAAUAUUGUUAUAUUUAAUCAAAUUUAUAAAGAGAUUUUAUUGUAUUUAACAAUUCUUCAUAGGCAUCCAAAUGGUUUACCUACACUCAAUGAAGACUCACACAACCAGUGUUAAAUUGUUUAUUUUGUUGUUAUCGAAAUACUAAUUUAUUUGUUGGGUCACACUGAUUUUACUCCUUCAUGUUUUAUCCAUGCCAAGAAAGCCAAGACAAUACGCUCUCCAAUAAUUUGUGAGUAAUGGGGCCUUCAUCAACAUAUUUUUUGAUUAAUGGCUCCAAUAUGUACGCAAAAGUUUCAUACCAGGACACAUCUCCAUCCGCAGAUCGUCACUGCCGUUCUAUUAUUCUAAUUACCCUCUUUGGCUACUACGGUUAUAUAUUUUUUACAACUGAUUCGUCAAUUUGCACCAAUUUAUUAGAGACCCCUAUCUUUCCUUGACGUCUACGAACUUCCGACUCGUAUAUGGCGAUUGUCUCCCGGCUAUAACUGAACCAAUCUGCUACUGUUCUCAUUGAAACUAUCAGAGUCAUCAUAAUAUAUGCUAAUUCUUUGCUUGUUUGAUGAUAAAUUUGUCCCUUACUAAAAGCAUACAUAAUUUUGUAAUAUUCACGUGAGGGCAACCGUGCGUAUUCACACCAGGCUCUUCGAAUAGCCCGAGAAACUUGUUCCGUUUGGCAAUUUAUCUAAACUUGCCCAGAUUCUUUUGAUAAUGGCAUCACAGGAGCAAUAUCCUCAUCCUCAGAAAAACUAGUGAUAGCUGGUAAACUACCACUAGAGCCCAGCUGCUAUUCUGAGAUCAGCCAUCCAACUGGAACCUUAACCGGUUCAUCGAGGACAGACUAUCCACGGGAACACAAGUGGCUCAUUUGAGUCCAACAAUUACACUCGCGCAGCAGGUACAAGCGGCCCUAUAGAGUCCCAUCACUCACACACUACCUGAAGAAUGCACAGAAGAAGAGACUGACAAGCGGUUCAUCUGACUAACGCUUGCACACCACUCUUAAGACAAAAGCAUAGGGCUUUAAUGUUAUAAGGCUACUAACAAGGGCAAACAGACUAUAGCCGACAUUGACGGUUAGCAGACCAAAAGACUGUAAACAAAGGUGUCACUUCACGUUCCCCACGUUCCGCUUCAUAGUGUAAACAAAACUUGUUAUUUUUUUUGUAAAAAAGUUGUGUAAUUGUGUAAUACAGCAAUAAUUAUUGUGCACAAUAAUUACACUCCAAAUUUAAUAUGUGAAUAUGUGAAAAUAUAAUUAUAAUUAAGUAAAAAAGUUACAUAAAAUUUAAUAAAUUACCUUUUAAGUAAGCGGAACGUGAAAUAUCAAUCUUGACUUCUACCAUGUCAGAUAAUUUGUUUUGCAUCUUGAAUAUUUGCAAGCUUUUUAUCAAUGAGUACGAUCUACAAAAAAAAACAAUGCUUCCCAAUUAAUGGACUAUAAUGGAAGUUUUAUCCCGAAAUAAGUACAAGUUAGGAUAAUAUGUAAGAAUUCCUCAAUAUACACUAGGUGAAAUAGAUCAGUUUUGUUGAUAUUUCAGAUAGAUUUGAAUCAUGAUAAUUUGAAAUUCCUAUCUUAUUCAGUAUUAAGUUCUCAAAAAUAGCUGUUAAAUCAACGUCUAGGCAUACAAUUAAUGGACUUGUAGGAUAAUGUAAAAUAAAAUAAUAAACUAUAAUAAAAAUAAA